AUGACUGCUGCAACAUUGUCAUCCAAAGCGAUCAAACGUGUCGUGAAGGAACUGCAACAAUUGCAAACAUCACCGCCAGAAGACAUUCAGGUGAUUGUUGACGAUGAGAAUCUUACCCAGGUUCAGGCUUGGAUUCGAGGACCAGAUGGAACGCCAUAUGAAGGGGGCUAUUUUAAAGUAAAGUUGCAGAUGGAUGAAAGUUUCCCUGACACUCCACCAAAAGGCUAUUUUUUGACCAAGAUUUUCCAUCCCAAUGUAUCUGAAAAAGGAGAGAUUUGCGUAAAUACGCUCAAGAAGGAUUGGAAAUCAAAGCUAGGCAUUGAGCAUGUGCUGCUGACAAUCAAGUGCUUACUGAUUGUGCCUAAUCCUGAGUCCGCAUUGAACGAAGAGGCAGGCAAAUUAUUGUUGGAGCACUAUGAGGAUUACGCAAAGAGAGCCAAGUUAUAUACAUCUAUUCAAGCAACAUCUGGGAAGAGUGAAUACAUGGCAUUGGCUCAAGAUUCAUCGAGCAGCGUACUGAAACCAUUAUCAAACACAUCUCCUGUAUCCCCUAUUAUCUCAAAUAAAAAACGACCACAAGAGCAACAAGAAAAUAUGAAGGAAGAGCAACCACAAAGCAAAAAGCCCAAAAUCAAAAAGAACGAUAAAAAGAAAGCAUUAAGAAGACUUUAA